UUAUUUUAUUGCUCAACAUAUCGGUUUAUACCAGAUGUACCAAAUUCCUGUUUAUCUAGAAAUCAUUACAUUACAAUAAAUAAAAUGAAUCGUUAUUCAACAAUCUACAGUUCAAGUUAUCGUCCUUUUGAUGAAAAUCGACGAACAAAUGUAAUUAAUAAAGCUACCAUUCCCCCUCCGCCUCAGUCAUCCACAAUUUUACCACAUCAAAAUAUGAAUGGCACAAGCCUGUCAUAUGUAGGUCAAACGUGGGCUUCCGAUUCCAAUAAUCAUUCAACUAUUACAACUGGCACAAGUAAUACAAAUUACACCCACGCCUCCCCAUAUAUUACUUGUAUUAAUAAUCGUUUAGUAAAUAACAGUACAACAAAUCAGACAGCAAAUAGUCUAAGUUUACGUCGUAAUAUGUGGGAUGAUUGUGAACCACCAAUUGGUGAUAAGCAAAGAUCAAAACUGUUAGAAUUUUAUAAUUCUGAUUUACCUGUUAGUAAUUUAUUGAAGACCAAUGAAAUUAAAAAAGAUGACUACACCAACACACCCAAACGUAAUUUUAGUAGCACAUAUACCACAGUAGUAUCGGAUAAAUUAAAUCCCUGUUCAGUGAUUUCUGCUGCUGGUGCUUACGAGAAUAAUCGUGAUAAACAAACUACAUCUAACACUAUAACAAACACUACACAAACAGUGCAAAGUAAUUCAUCUUAUUGUCAAACAAGAUCAAAAACACCGUCAGUCACUCCAAUAUUGUUUAAUUCGUCAGAUAAAUCACAAAAAAGUUGUGAUACACUUCCUAAAUCAGGAAAUAAUAAUUCUGCUAUUGGGAAUCGAAAUACUACUGUCACUCCACUUAUACCAUACAAUACUGUCUGUCAAAUAGAUUUUAUGCAAAUGUUCAGUCAAAUUGCACGCAUCAAUAAUCAUCUGUUUCUGAGUAGUUUAAAUGCUAUCACACCGGACAGAUUACGUCAACAUGGUAUUACAUUGUUAGUAUCUGCAAUGAUUGAUUCUCCACCGGUUCAUAUUCGUAAUGCUGUGAUGAAUACUAUUCAUGUCCCCGUUGAAGAUAUAGAAAGUGCAAAUUUACGUGUUCACUUUGAUAGAGUAUCCGAUCGAAUAGCUGCUGAAAAUCGGCGUGGUGGUAAAACGUUAAUACAUUGUAUGGCAGGUGUUUCACGUUCCAGUACACUUGUAUUAGCUUAUUUAAUGCGCCACACGAAUAUGAGUCUUGCUGAUGCUUAUCAACACGUGCGCAGUAUAAGACCAUGUAUUCAGCCAAAUCCCGGUUUUUGGCGACAAUUAUUAGAAUAUGAAGAAAAACUACGCGGUAGUCGUUCGAUUCGUUUACUUCCAUCGCUUACUUAUAGUGGAACAUCAAAUGUGAAUUAUAAUACAAAUCGAUUAUACACGAAUAGUCCAAGGAAUAUCAUUGGCGGGUCAUCGUAUUCCGAUAUGUUUUCUAGAACACCGAAUGAUUUAUUACCAAAUAAAUCAUUCACUUCAUUGUAUCCUAUGGAGGUAAUCAGUUGUCGUCAACCUCUUAGUUAAUUAAAUUGUGGAAAUGAAACAAUAUCUUAUGGAUUUUACAGUGACUUAAUAAAUUGCAUAUUGUGUUACAAAGCAUUUAAACUGUUAUUCUAUAGAGAUAUUCAUAUAUCGAAACAAACUCAUUCGUUUUUUCUGCUUCAAACAUUUAACAUUAUUCCACAUACCGCUUUUCUCAAAAAUCUUACAUUUUGAGAAAAGUAGAAAACCAUUUGAUUUAUUCACUAUUAGUUUUAGUUUAUAUUAGUAUCAAAUUUCACUGAUGACCUUGUAUUCAUAUUACACAUACACAGACACACAUCUGUGCAUAUAUAUAUAUAUAUAUAUAUAUAUAUAUAUAUAUAUAUAUAUAUAUUGGGAUGAGGUUAUUUAGAUGUUUAUUUUCGGUGAGUUUUUACUUGUGUACAGAUAUGUGUCCAUACACAUGAAAAACAGAUAGAUAAUUUGCUUAUUUUCUUCUGUUUCUAAUCUGCUAAACAUGAAUAUGUAAACGGUCCUACUUUUGUAGUUUCCUUUCUGAAUUACUAUUUAUCAAUUUGCAAUUUUGAUGUUUUUCUGUAUUUGAUUAUGUAUGUGUUUCGUCCAUCGAACAAGCCUAUUCUCCUCACUCUAUACUACUAAUAUACUAAACUACUCAUAAGUUUAUAUCUAUUUAUUUACGUUUACUUUUACAAAUCCAGUAAAUGUUAAAUAUUCAUCAAAUCCACUAGUAGAGAAAGAAUUCAUCUAUUUUUUUAGUAGAAAAACUUUUCCACUGAAGAAAAAAAUAAUGAAAAUCAAUUUUGUACCUUUUUGAAUAGUAGAAAAGAUGUUAUAUUAUUUUUCGUUUGAUACUGAUCUUGUUAUCAUUGACGAUAGUAAUAAUAAUGAAGGUUUAAACCUGGAAAAAAAUAGUUGAUAAAUAAUUAACUGUUUUGUUCGUGUUUAAAUUGUAUUUCAUUUUCGCCAUUUUCAAUUUCUUUAGUGUUUUAAUUUGUUAAUCUUCUUAAUUUUUUUUCAUUGUACACACAUAAACCUUUUGUUUUGUGUUAUACGCUUUGCCAAAAAUGAUAGUUUCAUCUGUUCAUCUUUAACGAUACACAAUCGAUAGUUGGUUUUGUUACAUUGUUCUGUUUAUUUUUUGUGAGUGAAUAAUACAAACCAAGGGAACAUAUAUUGAGAAAGAGUUUCUUGUAUAUUUAUUUAGUAAAGAUUAUAAUUUUUUCUCUUUACUUAUUCUUCAUCUUUCUGUACCCUGUGAAUGUAAGACCAAUAAUACUAAUACUGAAAAUUGAGUAUAUAACAAUUAAAGCUAGUUUUGUUCUGCUACCUAAAGAGUAAAUAUUAGUUUCUCUCCAGAAAAGAAUAUUUCUCCUGGUUCCGCUGUGUUUUUGUUUCUUCUGUUUUCAACUUUACACAUCUUGUACUAUUUUCUAUUUUCAUAACUAUUUUAGUAUUCAUUACUCUCCAUUUGAUUUAUCCAUUUCUUUUUUUAUCGUUGUCGUUACAAUAUUUUUUCAAUGAAUUUUCGUUUGAACCAUUCUGUUUUAUUUUAAAUAUUUCCUCGAAAUAUUGAAAAUUUACAGACAAGCACAAUGCUAACGCCUAGAUAUUAUAUAUAUACUUGAGUGAGAUAGUGGAUUAUCCCAUAUUUUUUGUAUGUUGUUUAUUGUUAUUUUCAAAGGUCACUUACUCGAUACCUAUUUUGUUUUGAUUUUAUCACAGAAUAUAUACGAAGUAGAUGAAUUAUUGCACAUGCUAAGAAUAAUAAUAAUAAAAAGGAAAUUAUUCUCAUUAACUGAAUUUAAGCACAAUCAUUCAGUGAAUGCACAAAAAUUGCAAACAUUUUGCUUGUGUACACAAUUAUAUCUUUUUAUUCUUUCAUAUUUUGUUAACUUGAAUUCAUUUGUUCACAAUAGAUUUGUGUUUUAAACUUUAUUGUUAAAAAAUGAACAGAGAGAUUUCUUAAAGAAAAACCAAUAAAAUGUCAUUUAUUUUGUGUGUAAUAAAAUUUAACGUC